GUUAGAGCUGCUCUUCACUCUCUCCUUUCUGUAUCGCUCACUUUCAAUCUUCUAAACCAUUUGCAUCCAAACGGCCGAAACAAAGACAUUUCCUCAUGACUUGAGGUGUGCGACUCGACCCCAAAUCAUGACAAUGAGCUUCUUUGGAAAACUGAAGAACCUACACAGUGGACCUCCGGCUCCGCCCAGAAGGACGGACAACAAUGCAGGGUGGCCACAGGAUGAGUUUGAUGACGAGGAAGGUGACAUGUAUGAAGCGCCUCCCUGUGAGCGUCCGGCUGUGAAAGUCCCACAGCGACAAGUGGAGGAGAAUGUUUAUCUGGAGAGGACGUCCAAUCCUGCUGUUCCACAGAGGCAGGCUGCUCCUCCACCCAGACCAGGCAAAGCCAUGAAACCUCAACACCGGGCUGAGGAGUUCUUCUACGACUCCAACACCAAAAAACCACCUGAGAUCGACAGGAACGAGAAGCCCGGGAGAAAGAAGAUGAUGCCUCCUCCACCAGUCCGCUCUGCUCCUGCUCCAGUCCCUGCCUCCAACACUGAGGAAGAUGUGUAUCUGGAUCCAAAUGAAGAACAGGAAGAUAACGAUGACCUGUAUUUAGAACCUACAGCUGCUUGCCCUCCUGCCCCUCGUGGGCUGAUGAGGAUGCAGCCAUCUCCCAUGACAGCACUCGUACCUUCUCCCAUACCCAUGAUGAAGCCUCCGGUUCCCAGGGCUAAGUCUAGUUCACUCUUGCCCUCCUUGAAUGAGAUACAAACAGUUGAAGCAAGACGUGGCACGUUUCCUACCAAACUCCCUCCACCAACUCCCAGUGUUAAGCCCCCUCUGCCUGCGAACCUGAAGGAAGCCAAACCCAGCCCUCCAAAUCCUCCUGUGGCAGACACUAAGCCUGUGGCCUCCUCUGGUGGCAUGAGGGGAACCAAACAAUCUGGGAAUGAGGAUAAAGAAUGGUUUGCUGGAGACUGUAACAGAAAGACAGCUGAAGAUCUCUUACUGAGGGUCAACAAGGACGGCGCCUUUCUCAUCCGACACAGCUCAGCCCAGAGCACCAGGCAGCCGUACACCCUCGCUGUGCUCUACCAGCAGAAGGUGUACAACAUCCCCAUCCGCUUCCUGGAGGAGACACGAGUCUAUGCUCUCGGAAAAGAAGGCAAGAAGAACGAAGAGAUUUUCAGCACCCUCGACGAGAUGAUUUCCCACCACAAGAAUAACCAGCUGCUUCUGAUAGACAGCAAGAGCCAAGCCAAGCACACGGCCUAUUUAACCCACCCUGCACGCCGUUAAAACUUCACUCCUAGGAGCAUUCAUAUGACUUAUAAGAGCAUAAUUGCACAGUUUGAAAGUUUCCCACUUGGUCAUACUGUAGGUCUACUGUAUGGUCAUACUGUAGGUCUACUGUACAUUAAAUACAGAUAAUGCUUCAUAUUUUUAGCUGCAUAACUACCACUUUGUAGUGGUAGUUCUGCAGCUAAAGCACUACUUUCUUUAUGUUAUUUAUGAAUUAAACAGAUGAUGCACACUUUUGAUGCACUGACAAUUUAUGCAAAUGUGACAUCAGUCGCUCCAAGAAACUCAGCUCCCAAAAGAACAGCUUUAACACCAGAGCUUCACCCUGAGCACAGAUCGGAAAGUUCUGACGAAGUGAUUUUCCUGUUUUGUGCCAUGUCAUCGUUUCAGCAAUAAUUGCACAAGGUUAACUGUUCCAGCGAAAAGCAAAACGUGUCACUGUGUUACCGAAACAGUCACUCAGUCUGUAUGUUUGCGUUUUUUGGGUGAAGAAGUGAUGAUCUUGCUGUCAGAUCACUGCAUUUCGAUGACUAGACAUGCAAACUGUACAAUGUUUCUGCUGUUACAACAAAUCAAGCCACAUCACAACAGCCUCCAGAUCCAGAUCCACCAGAUGCAGCUAAAAUCUUCAUGGUCACUUUGUGCAUCCUGCUCAUUUCCAUUAUAGUGGUCAUGUGUGAUGAACAUGAGAUAACAGUCCCCAUGAGUCAGGAGUGUUUGUUUUAGUCAGGAGCACAGAUUUAGUGUGUAUCUUUUCCCUCCUUUAGCUUAGUUUGAUGAUUUUGAUUUUACUGGAUGUUUCAGGUGCCUUUUCAGUCUGAUGUUGUAGAUAUUGUGUAAUACAGACCUAAAGUCAAAAAUGUGCCUGCUUUGCAUUGUUUUUGUUUUACUGCUUUAAUGACUGUACAAUACUUUUACCCCU